CAGUCACACUCUUUCUCUCACCUCCACCCUGAGAGCUCUUCCUUUCCACGUCUCGCUCUGACACCUUCUCCAGAGCCAUGGCCAAUGACCAGCAGCGUCUUCUGUACCUGUUUGAACUUCCUCAGGAGGAUAUUCAAGUGCCCAGGGGAGGUGGCUCUGUCCUCUUCAAGCUCGAGAACGAGGAGACGCCUCCUUCUGUGGCCACGAGAGUAGGAGUUUCCCCCUCUGUCAGCCUGCCAGUGCCAGAGCGAGAUGACGUGGCACUGCAGGCUCUCGGCACUGCCACCUCGAUCCCCAAAGGAUCUGCCUUCUCCUUCUUCCUCGCGUCUCACCGUAAAGCCGCCAAGGAUCUGUGUGACUUCUUCAUGAAGACGAGCGGGGCAGAAGACCUGAUGCAGGUUGCAGCGCGCGUGCAUGGCAAAGUGAACGAGACCCUGUUUGUCUAUGCAAUUUCUUUCGUCAUCCUGAGAAAGAAGGAGCUCAGAUCUGUUCGCCUGCCGACCAUGGUGGAGGUCUUUCCCUCCCGCUUCGUUCCCCAGGAGGCGCUGGCGAAGGCACAGCUGCAGAUAAACAGAAUGGAUCCAAAUCAGACUGAACCUGUGAUCAUAGAACACGGACUGGAGUUCUCUGGCACUCAUCUCAAGCCAGAACACAGACUCUCUUACUGGCGAGAGGACUAUGGCAUCAACGUCCACCACUGGCACUGGCACUUGAUCUACCCGCCUGGCAUGGGUUUUGACCGUGACAGGAAAGGGGAAUUGUUUUACUAUAUGCACCAGCAAGUGAUCGCCAGAUACGACAUAGAGCGUCUCUGUCUGGGUCUCCCGAGGGUGGAGAAGCUAGACAACUGGCGCAUUCCCAUCAAGGACGGUUACUUCCCCAAACUGACUAUCAGCAACUCCGGCAGGCAAUGGGGGUCGCGCCAGGACAACACACUGCCAAAGGACCUCCGGCGCAGAGAACUCGGAGAAUUUGUCGACAUCACUGACAUGGAAAUAUGGCGAUCUCGACUCCUGGAUGCCAUACAUCAGGGCUUCAUGAUUGAUUGCAACGGCGACAAAGUUCCUCUUCGCGACGACGUCACUUCUGGCAAAAGAGGAAUCGAAAUCUUGUCCGAAGCUCUUGAGGCCGACGCCGAACUCAGCGUCAACUUCCCUUAUUACGGCGACCUGCACAACAGAGGCCACGACAUCCUGGCCUUCUCGCACGACCCUGACAACGCUCACAAGGAGGAGAUGGGUGUCGUCGGGGACUUGGGGACGUCCCUGAGAGACCCUGUGUUCUUCCUCCUGCACAAGCUCGUGGAUGACUUGUUCCAGGAGUACAAGGUUACCCAGCCACCGUACACAGAAGCGGAGCUGUUCCUGCCCGGCGUGAGGAUCGAGCGGGCUGGGGUGGUGCGGGGUAAUGAGGCCGACGUCCUCCUCACCGGCUGGAACACGAGGGAGUUCGAAGCCAGCCGCGGCAUCGACUUUAACGGCAAACCCGUGAUUCUGCGCCUCACGCAUCUCGACCACAAGCCCUUCGAGUACCAUGUGCAGAUAAACAACGAUCUCCGAGAGCCGAAGGAAGUGACUGUGAGGAUAUUUUUGGCUCCGAAGUUCAAUGGUCAAGAGGAAGAGAUGGGAUUCAUGGAACAGCGGAUCCUCUGGUCUGAAAUGGACAAGUUCACUGUUAACUUAAAACCCGGCAAGAACCACGUCGUCAGGUCGUCCAAGGAGUCGUCGAUCACCAACCUCGAGGAACUGACCUUCAAAGACCUGGAGAACUCUGGGCCCGGAAACACGAGCGAACAGGUAGCAUUUAACUUCUGCGGGUGUGGAUGGCCCCAGCAUAUGCUUCUCCCCCGCGGCCGUCCAGAGGGAAUGGCCUUCCAGCUCUUCUUCAUGCUCACCGACUACGCCCAGGACAAAGUGUCGAACCCGGGGGGCGUGAGACGGUGUGCCAACGGUGUGUCCUUCUGCGGGAUGCAGGACGCCAAAUACCCCGACGCCCGACCGAUGGGCUUCCCGUUCGACCGCAGCCCCGCCCCCUUGCUCCAAGGGCUCCCCGUCAACACGACUGCCGACUACGCCCGCCUCGGCAACGCUUUCAUACACGACAUCACGAUUAGGUUCCUGGGCGAGAAAUUGAACUGAUAUGCGCAUCACGUGACGCUGUGGUUCAUAUCUGUCCAUGUUUUUUGUUUCUUUUUUUAUGUUAAGUGUCACUUUCAAUCUACACACACACUGUUUUAAUUCCCGGACCGAGAAAAUAGUAGGAAAAAAUGUAUGCCAGCCUUCGAGCUUCCCUGCCUUCAAGGUAUAGAUGACCGUGAACUCUCUUCAGCCAGUGCAUGUGACCUUACCACAGUGCAUAACCAAGAAUAAUGGUAUCUCGCAGGGAAUAGCAAUGCAUUCGACAAAGUUAACUCUGGAUUAAAUUUUUACCAUGGGAUUACAUUGAGAGAUUGAACACAGGACUACACUGAACGGAGCUAACACAGGAACAUAGAACUACACAGGACAGAUUUAUCAUAGGAUUACAUUAGGUAGAUUUAUCACAGAAACAUAUAGCUAUAUUGGACAGAUUUAACACAGGAGCAUAGGACUACAUGGGGCAGAUUUAACAUAGAACACAAAACUACAAUGGACAAAUUUAACACUGGAACAUAGGGCUUUAUUUUCAGUGAGGCGCUUCUCUAAUCUGUAAAAGCUGAGCCCAACAACAGAAGCGGAUGUGAGUCCAGGAAAAUGUUGCACAGUAUUGCAACUCUUGCAUAUGAUUCUUCCUUAUUUCCACCUCUCCACGUGCAUUUUCCCUGGAUCAUUUCCUUGGAUGGAAACAAUAAACCAGCUUGUUUAUAAUAUUAAUUAUCUGUUUUGUCUUAUAAUCUAUGUUUUAUGAAGUGUAACUGUAUAAAGAUGGCCUUGCAUUUAUUCAUCAUACAUUAUACCACCCUGCGGCAAUGAGAAUCUGCGCAGAGGAACAGGUUUGUCUCUUGAAUGUAUAUGUUAAAUAUAUUUGUGCUGCUC